UCUUUUUUCUUUUUUUGGAUAGAGACAGGGGUCUUGCUAUGUUGCCCAGGCUGGUCUCAAAUUCCUAGCCUCAAGCGAUCCUCCCGUUUUGGCCUCCCAAAGUGCUGGGAUUACAGGUGUGAACCACUGCACCUGGCCUACUUUUUUCCCUUUCAAGAAAAUACAGUACUCCAAGGCCUGAGUGACUAUGAAAUUUCAACUUUUGUGCCUUUGUACUCUUAGAUACCAUGUUUGUUUUGUUCUUCUGCAAGAUUACACUAAAAUCCACUUUUCUUGUAUGUAUACACUAUUUAAAAAGUUUCACACUCUCUUAGGGAAGCCACUGGCAACACAUCUUCACAGUGUCCGUGGAGAAGGUUAUGUGAUUUAAGAAACACUUGUGUCUAUACCAUUUAAUAUUUAGGAAUUUGUUGAUUUUUUAGGAUCUUUGGAUGAAUGAGUUUUUAAUUUUAUCCAGCUUAUUUAGAAGAAAUUGCCAUGCUUGCUUUAAAAGGGUUUCUUCUCGGAUCCCAGCGGCGCCGAGAGUGUCACGCUGCGCCCCCGCCCCGGGGUCGGUCAUGGUCUGCGCCUGCGCAGGUCCCGGCUUGCUCGCAGUCCUGCGGGGCGCCGGCGGCGAUGGGUUGGGGAAAUGGACGCCUGGAGAACGGAAAUCCAGUUAUCAAAAUGGACUCGGGAAGAGAGAACCUAACAGAACAAUAACAAUGGAAGAAAUUGGGAACAUUAUCACAAAGCUAUCAUCCUGCCAAACUCCAGGCUCAGAUGAUGUCACAGGUUAAAAAAUGCCCUUCAUGAAAAAGAUCUUAAGCAACAGGAUAGAUUCAGAAGCUCAUGAAAAGAGGCCACCAAUACUUACAUCUUCAAAACAAGAUAUAUCACCUCAUAUUACAAAUGUUGGUGAAAUGAAGCAUUACUUGUGUGGCUGCUGUGCAGCCUUCAACAACGUCACAAUCACAUAUCCCAUUCAGAAGGUCCUCUUUCGACAACAGCUGUAUGGCAUCAAAACCCGGGAUGCAGUACUUCAGUUGAGAAGGGAUGGAUUUCGAAAUUUGUAUCGUGGAAUCCUUCCCCCAUUGAUGCAGAAGACAACUACACUUGCACUUAUGUUUGGUCUGUAUGAGGAUUUAUCCUGCCUUCUCCGCAAGCAUGUCGGUGCUCCAGAGUUUGCAACCCGUGGCGUGGCGGCAGUGCUUGCAGGGACAGCAGAAGCAAUUUUCACUCCACUGGAAAGAGUUCAGACAUUGCUUCAAGACCACAAGCAUCAUGACAAAUUUACCAACACUUAUCAGGCUUUCAAGGCACUGAAAUGUCAUGGAAUUGGAGAGUAUUAUCGAGGCUUGGUGCCCAUUCUUUUCCGGAAUGGACUCAGCAAUGUCUUGUUUUUCGGCCUUCGAGGUCCCAUUAAGGAGCAUCUGCCUACCGCAACGACUCACAGUGCUCAUUUGGUCAAUGAUUUUAUCGGUGGAGGUCUAUUGGGUGCCAUGUUGGGAUUCUUGUGUUUUCCAAUUAAUGUUGUAAAAACUCGCAUACAGUCUCAGAUUGGUGGGGAAUUUCAGUCUUUCCCCAAGGUUUUCCAAAAAAUCUGGCUGGAACGGGACAGAAAACUGAUAAAUCUUUUCAGAGGUGCCCAUCUGAAUUACCAUCGGUCCCUCAUCUCUUGGGGCAUAAUCAAUGCAACUUAUGAGUUCUUGUUAAAGUUUAUAUGAAAAAAACCAUCAGUUAAGUGCCAUUUAUCAACUGAAUAGACCUUCUAAGAAGAAUGCAGUUUGGCCUCUUUCUUAAUUGGCCAAAUACAAGUUCGUGUCAUAACUCCAGGCCACAGUGAGUUACGGGCAAAGCUGUUUUCCUUAAGCAUCAACAAAACAGAAUAAAAGGUUCCAAUAGGAAAAUAUAA